AGCUCCGGUUACAGUCGGGCUGGAGCCGACGGACGGAGAGAGGUCGAUUUGGACGCGGCGAAACAAAUGCCCCGGCAUGCAAGGAAGCGGCUGGAUUGUGAAUCACGGAGCGAGCUGACUGCACCUUGCUGUUUUGUUUUGUCUACCCGCACAGGCGCAUGAACAAGUGUUUUUUGUUAUUUGCUUAUUUUGGGCCAAGGAGCGUGUCCGAGUCGGAGCAUAUACCCGGCGGGAACGCACGCGGAGCAGCCCCUGGAGACCGGAGGGAUAUUUACAAUAGAAACUCACUUCAUUCCCCAUAAGAAUAGCGGUGAUUGAAAAGGCACCCUGGAAUGUCUCACAGCUUUUGGAACCCCCAACCGGACUUGUGACUGAUGGAUGGAUGUGGAGGCAGCGACAGGUACCAGUAGACAGACAGAGAGCGAAAUUUGACAAAGCUGUCUGACUGUGCGCCUCCAUUCUUUAAAAGCUGACAUUUCUUAUAGUUCGGUUCAGUUGACCAGAAGGUCGCCGCCGCCUGUGCGUCAUCCACAGGCCUUCCAGGACACUUGUCAUCCACCGAAAGCGAGGGUUCAGUCAAGGACGCUGGGCCCGGACUAGAGCUCACGAAGUUGGCCACAAGGACAUGAAUGUGAUAGCGAGCUCACAUGCUCCCGACUGACCGACGCUUAUCUUCCCACCAGCCCACACUCUCAUAAAGACUGUGCGACUAGGUGCUGCCGUUCAGGGCUUGCUGUCCCAGCCGCCUCGGCUCCCACUGUGUGUGCGUGUGUGUGUGUGUGUGUGUGUGUGUGUGUGUGUGUACAUUUAUCAGCAUGGCAGUACUGGCUUGUUGGAAGUAUUACCUUUGGAUCUUUAUCUUGACGUGCAGAACGGUGCUACUUUCAGCCAAAACACUGGAGACGAUCAUUUGGAGCUCACAAAAUCCCAAAUUUGUUGCUGGCAAAGGCCUGAUUAUCUACCCAGACAUCGGUGACAAGCUGGAUAUCAUCUGUCCCAGAGCGGACCAAGGCCGAGAGUAUGAGUACUACAAGCUGUACUUGGUGAAGAGGGAGCAGGCGGAGAGCUGCAGCACGGUCCUUGAUCCAAAUGUCCUGGUCAAUUGCAACAAGCCGGAGAAGGACAUCAAGUUUACCAUCAAAUUCCAGGAGUUCAGCCCCAACUACAUGGGCCUGGAAUUCAAAAGGAACGUCAACUACUACAUCACGUCAACCUCCAAUGGCACAGUGGAGGGCCUGGAGAACCGUGAGGAAGGCGUUUGCAAGAGCCGAGCCAUGAAAGUCAUCAUGAAAGUCGGACAAGUUCCAAAUGCAGUCAACCCUGCAGUGCCAGAGGAUCCAAAAGAUAACGCCAUACCGGAGUCCAGUCCAAAUCCUCCAGACAAGGAUCGAUUGGGACCUGAGAUGCCUGGAAACCCUGACACCAUGAACCAGGACCAGUCCGGUUCCUCCGCAAACUCGGACGGCAUCCUGGGCUCCAAAGUGGCCGUGUUCUCGGCCAUCGGAGCGGGAUGUAUCAUCUUCCUGUUGCUCAUCCUCCUCCUGGUCAUUCUGCUCAUCAAGAUGCGCAAACGGUCCAGGAAAAACACACACUCGCAGCCCCGCCCCUCCGCACUGUCACUCAGCACGUUGUCCAAUCCCAAGAUGCCCGGGGGCACUGCUGGCACGGAGCCCAGUGACAUCAUCAUUCCGCUGCGGACAGAGAACAACUACUGCCCUCACUAUGAGAAAGUGAGCGGCGACUACGGGCACCCGGUCUACAUCGUUCAGGAGAUGCCUCCUCAGAGCCCCGCCAACAUCUACUACAAAGUCUGACCCGAAGCAGCAGCAGCAGCAGCAGCAGCAGCAGCAGCAGCAGCCCAGAGGAGAUUUUAAUUUCUGUUCUUGGAAGAGCACCGCUUUAUGUUUUGGUGACUUGAUCGUUACUUCAAGCCCGUGUUAUUUCUACCACCUGCUGCACAAAUCUGGAGAGAUGCGCACUGACCCCGUAUCCGGUGAUCAGACUGACGAGGGAGAGACUUCUUCUGUGGGUUGUUAUUCUUUGGCUUGUUUGGAAAUCCCCACCCUUCCUUCGUCCUCCCUUCACCGCCCACCUGGUACGUCUCCCCGCUGUGCUCCGUUGAGGAGUGACGGGGGGGGGGGUGGCUCGACCGAAUCAAAAGAUGGAACUUUCUGGUUUGCCGUCCCCUUUAAUGGACCGGAUGAAACCCUAACUGGCUCCCUGACGCUACAACACAUAAACCUUGCACACUAGCCACGAACAGGCAGUUUGUGUUGCGUGUAUGCGUGUGUGCCCGUGCGUGUCUGCGCGUGCACCUGUGUGUCAGAGGGGGGCUCCAUGCCGGACCGGGAAACUCUCCAGAUAGCUCAGGUAUCGGACACAGUGUGUGACAUAUUGUGUUCCUGUCCCUUCGUACCUCGGAUAUUUGCCUUACUAUUUUUGAUGGAGGACUUCCCCGAUUCAGUUCACAAAGCAGUUGUAUUUUGUUAGACUUUUCCUACGAGUGCACAAUGUAUAGAGUUGAAUAGAUGAUCAUGAUUAUUACUCAUCGCACCAUUCAUGUCAUCCACUCCAAUAGACACCUGAACUGUUGGUAUCAA